UUUCGAGUUAAUUUUUUAAAAUGAACACUGCAAAGGUUGAAAAAAGUAAGACGCUGUUCCUUGAAUAUUUGGAUUGUUUGCGGACGUUUGUUGAUACCAACAAAGUCCUGAAAUUGGCGUUGAAAACGGAUCAUAGCAACCCAGUAAUUUUACAGCUGGUUAAUAAACGAAGAAUAGCUGUAGAAAAACUACUGACAACUUGUAAUCCUAUGGAAGAAGAAUUUGAUCUAUUAUGGGCAUUCGAUUACGUCGAGGAAUGUCAAAAAUAUAUUGAUCCUAUCAUUAAAUCAAUGUUCUUGCCUUGGAAACACAACGAAACAACCUUGUGUGAUCCCAACUGUGAACGAAUAUUUGAUGAUUUUCGGGCAGUAAUUAGGAUCUUAAGAUUUGAAACACCCGUUGGCACGCAAAGUUUCUUCGGCGAGCUUUCACCUGUUAAAUCAGACCCUGGAGAGGAUUCAAAUCCGAAGAAGACCAUUCAAAAGUUUUAUAUGAGAACUGGUCAACUGUAUUAGGCUUAAUCUCAAAUGUUUUCUAACUGAAGAUAUUAAUAUUGAAAAUUAAUUUCAGUUUAAUUUUAUUUAAGAUCUCUAUUUGUGAUGAAUAUUAGUUAAAGUUAAUAUAAAGUACGUAUAUUAAAAGUUAAAAGGUAAAAUUGUCUAAAGUUUAUGUAAAGGAUU